UCCAUAUAAGGACCCUCUUGGCCCUUCCCCUAGGUCAUCUCACAAAGCUUUGCUCUUCUAUUUCUCCCUUUUCUUUCAAUCGCUCAUUAUAUCCCUCUCUUUCUAUAGAUAUCUACACUGAUAUCAUGGAUAAGAAUGCCCUCUUUAGGUUUCUUCUUGUUCUUCUGACUCUUUCCUGCGUUGUAUUUGUUGCUGCUGUUCCUGCAAUCAGAAGCUCCAUGAUUGGGAAAAUUGAUCCUUUAGUGCAAGAUCUUCUGGCUAAGGUCCUCUCUCUCUCUCUCUCCUUGCAGGAGGAUCCAGUUAUGCGGUUAAGGAAUAGCGAGGAAGAAAUGAAAGAAGGGAUUGUAGAGAGCAGAAUGUUGAUGGAUAUUGUGGACUACCCCGGAACAAGACCAAAUCCAGCCCAUGAUCCAAAAUCUCCUGGAAAGCCUUAACUUCUUGUAUGAUCUUGGAAAGGGUUUUGAUUAGUUAUUUAGUUUGACUGGAAGUGUCUAGAUGAUGUGUGGUUUCGGUUUGUAAUGUUGAAAAUGUGUUUGUAUGAUAAAUCUCUAAUCUCUAAGUCCUAUUGUUAAGUUGUUGGUUUAGCUUAAGUGCUUUGGUGUUCUACAUAUAUGGGUCAUAAAAGACUUGCUGUAAGAUAUAUGAAAAGGUGUAUGAAUUAAAGUUGAGGCUUGUACUGGUUGAUGAUAAACCUUGAUUUCAUAGUGAAUUGUGAACAAGCUAGAUUGUGUUUA